GAAAUUGAACCUGAUACCAAACUUGAUGGCGAGACAGCAUCUGACAGCGACAGUAAAACCGACCCUGCCGGUACUCAACAAGGCACGCCAACCGAUGACACUCCAGAGGUCCUAAACAGAGCUUUAUCAAGCCUGUCGUCCAGAUGGAAGAACUGGUGGGUCAGAGGCAUCUUAACGUUAGCCAUGAUUGGCUUUUUCUUCAUCAUCAUCUAUUUGGGACCCCUCGUGCUGAUGAUGAUUGUGAUGUGUGUGCAGAUUAAAUGUUUCCAGGAGAUCAUUAUGAUUGGAUACAAUGUCUACCAUUCCUAUGAGUUGCCUUGGUUCCGGACACUUAGCUGGUACUUCUUGCUGUGUGUCAACUAUUUCUUCUAUGGAGAGACCGUGACAGACUAUUUCUUCACUCUAGUACAAAGGGAGGAGCCACUUAGGAUCCUUAGCAAAUACCAUCGAUUCAUCUCCUUUGCCUUGUACCUGAUGGGGUUCUGCAUGUUUGUUCUGAGUCUGGUGAAGAAGCAUUAUCGUCUCCAGUUUUAUAUGUUUGGCUGGACACAUGUCACUCUCCUGAUUGUUGUCACCCAGUCUCAUCUAAUCAUUCACAAUCUGUUUGAGGGCAUGAUCUGGUUCAUUGUGCCCAUCUCUUGCGUGAUCUGCAACGAUAUCAUGGCCUAUAUGUUUGGCUUCUUCUUUGGCCGGACUCCACUCAUCAAGCUGUCACCCAAGAAGACGUGGGAAGGCUUUAUUGGAGGCUUCUUCUCUACAGUUCUGUUUGGAAUACUACUUUCUUAUUUCAUGGCUGGAUACAAGUACUUUGUGUGCCCUGUGGAGUAUAACAGCGACACCAACAGAUUUACAGUGGACUGCGAGCCACCCGAAAUCUUUCAGUUACAGGAAUAUCACAUCCCUGCGGUGAUUCAGUCUUUCAUUGGCUGGAAAACUGUCUGGAUGUAUCCUUUCCAAAUCCAUAGCAUCUCGCUUUCAACGUUUGCCUCUCUCAUUGGGCCUUUUGGAGGAUUCUUCGCCAGCGGAUUCAAGAGAGCAUUCAAGAUCAAAGAUUUUGCAAACACCAUUCCAGGCCAUGGCGGUAUCAUGGACAGAUUUGACUGUCAAUACUUGAUGGCUACGUUUGUGAAUGUGUACAUUGCCAGCUUCAUCAGGGGUCCCAACCCAAGCAAACUACUCCAGCAGUUUUUAACAUUGCGUCCUGACCAACAAAUUCACAUUUUCAACACACUGAAGUCACACCUAACAGAGAGGGGGAUGCUGGAAAAUGGCAACGGUGUUUAA